GAAGAAAGAGCUGGCCACCACCAAAAAGGACAGAGUGGCCCACUGCCUGACCAUAUGUGAGAACAUCAUAGCCCAGUCUCUGAGAACGUCUCCGGAGUUCCAGAAGCUUCUGGGCAUCGCCAUGGAGAUGUUCUUGCUGUGCAGCGACGACAGAGAGUCGGACGUCAGGAUGGUGGCAGACGAGUGCCUGAACAAAAUCAUCAAAGCGCUGAUGGACUCCAACCUGCCCAGACUGCAGCUGGAGCUCUACAAAGAAAUUAAAAAGAACGGUGCCUCUCGGAGCCUGAGGGCUGCUCUCUGGAGGUUCGCUGAGCUAGCACACCUCGUCAGACCACAGAAAUGCAGACCGUACCUGGUGAACCUCCUCCCCUGUCUGACCAGGAUCACGAAGAGACAGGAGGAGACGGUCCAGGAGACCCUGUCUGCUGCCGUGCCUAAGAUCAUGACUGCUCUGGGACACUUUGCUAACGACGGAGAGGUCAAGGUGUUGUUGAAGUCGUUUGUGGCCAACCUGAAGUCCACUUCUCCUACGAUCCGCCGGACGGCCGCCAGCUCAGCGGCUAGUGUUUGUCAACACUCGAGACGGGCCUCCUACUUCUACACCUGGCUGCUCAACGUCCUGCUGGGUCUGUUGGUCCCUGUCGAUGAGGAACAUCCUAACCACCUGGUCCUGGGGGUGUUGUUAACCCUUCGUUACCUGAUGCCUCAACUACAGCAACAGGACAGGACCACCAGCCUGAAAGGAAGCUUCGGAGUCAUGAGGAAGGAGGCAGACUUACAGCCCACGCCUGAACAGCUGCUGCAAGUCUAUGAGUUGACUCUCCACUACAGCCAGCACGGCGACCACAACGUGGUGACUGUGUCUAUGAGUUGA